AUACGAGUCAUCUGCUUAGACCUGUGGCUUAGACAAGUUUUUUUAAUACCUUAAAAAAGUUAAGAAUUAAGUAGCUUAGCAUGAUUUUUAGAAUAAAAUGCAAAUAUAUGCAUAAUUAAGUGAUUGUGAAAAGCUCAUUACCAUUUUAAGUAUUAACAUAUUGUUUUGUAAUAAGGCAUUGUAAGGUUUUAAACAAAAGUUGGUUUCAUUAGCUUUCGACAAUUUUUAAACUACUAAAUUGAAGAAAAUGGCAAGUCCAUCUGAAAUAGUGGCGGUUCUUCGCAACUCUUUUAAAAGCGGCAAAACGCUAUCACUGGAAUAUCGCAUAAAACAGUUAAAGAAUCUUCACCGAAUGUAUACCGAAAAGGAAAAAGAGAUUUUAACUGCAAUGUACAAGGAUUUGAGAAAAAGUAAAAUGGAAGCUGUCGUUACAGAACUUGAUAUCCUUAUAAAUGAUAUUAAAAAUACCCUUUACAAUAUAAGACAGUGGCACAAAAAUGAGUAUGUGCACAAAGAUAUAGCCAAUCUUUUAGACACUGCUUAUAUCCAGAAAGAUCCGUAUGGUGUAGCUUUAGUUAUUGGAAGCUGGAACUAUCCUUUACAAUUAUUAUUGUUACCAGUACAGGGUGCUAUAGCUGCUGGAAACUGUGUGUUAUUGAAACCAUCCGAAGUAUCACAAUUCACUGCAAAAUUGCUGGCUGAAAUUAUUCCACAAUAUUUGGAUCCAGACUGUUACAGAGUCUAUAAUGGUGGUCCUGAAGAAACAACUGAGGCAUUAAAGGAAAAAUUUGAUAUCAUCUUUUAUACAGGGAGUUCAGCUGUAGGGAAAAUCAUACAUAGUGCUGCAAACAAGAACUUAACACCAACUAUUUUAGAACUUGGAGGAAAAAGUCCAUGCUACAUAGAUAAUUCUGUAAACUUGAAAAGGGCCGUUAGGAGAAUAAUUUGGGGUAAAUUCCUCAAUGUUGGACAAACGUGUGUUGCUCCAGAUUAUAUUUUAUGCACAACUGAUGUUCAAAAUAAGUUUAUUGAGUUAGCUAAGGAAGUCAUCACUGAGUACUUUGGAAAAAAUCCAAAAGAAAGUCCGGAUCUUGGCAGAAUUAUUUCUGACAAGCAUUUCCAAAGACUCACAGCCCUUCUGAAGGAUGGAAAUGUAGCUGUGGGUGGUGAAUAUGAUGCUAAUGAAAAAUAUAUCGCACCUACUAUAUUAAUAAAUGCAAAAAUAAACUCUGCAGUGCUUAAUGAAGAAAUAUUCGGUCCUAUUUUACCAAUAGUAAACAUAGAUGAUACAGUAGAUGCUAUUCAAUAUAUUAAUUCCAGAGAAAAACCAUUGGCGCUGUACAUUUUUUCUGAUAACAAAAAUGAUGUUGAACUUAUUUUGAAAAAUACAAGUUCAGGAAGUGUAUGUGUUAAUGAUACAAUAAUGCAACUGACAGUAGAUACAUUACCUUUUGGUGGUGUUGGCAACAGUGGCAUGGGUUCAUAUCACGGAAAAUUCAGUUUUGAUGCUUUCUCACAUAAAAAAUCAGUUUUGUACAAAGACCUGGGAUUUAUAGGAGAGAAACUGUCUGAAGCAAGAUAUCCUCCGUAUUCUCCAGGGAAAAUGGCAUAUUUACGGUUUAUGUUGACUAAAAGACCAAUAUCUCUCUCAAUUCCUUCGAACCUUUUGUACUUUCUAACUGGUGUUUUAACCACCUAUCUUAUUCAAGCUUAUCUUAAACAUAUGUCUUAAAAAAGAACUUAUUAAACAGGUAAGGUAACUGUGAAACUCAUAUUCAUAUAAACGGUAUUUUGUAUUUAAGAAUUAUAUUAUUUUCAAGUU